UAAGAUUUUUCAGCAACCAAACAAAAUCCCAUCUCUCUCGAAUAUUCGCAUACAAUUUUUACUAAAAUGUUCAAUUUCAAUUUCUCAAUUCUCUAAUUUUGACGUGUUACAUGGCGACUCUCUUACCGUCGCCGGACAUUUCCUCGUUCUCCGCCGGUCGCCGUCAGUCCAGUAUAUAUUCCGGCAUAAACCUUAGAAAUGUAAGGAAACUCGCUAUUCCAAACGGCGGAAACGGUGUCGUUAAUGCGCCGUUGAAGGUUAGUACGAUGUCGUCUACGAAACUGGAUGAGGAGGAAGAGCAGAAGCGGAAUUACUAUCUGAAUACGGGUUACGCUAUUCGGAUUCUCAGAGAAGAGUUUCCUGCGCUUUUUUAUAAAGAGCUAAACUUUGAUAUCUACAGGGAUGAUAUAGUGUUCAAAGAUCCCCUCAACACUUUUACUGGCAUUGAGAACUAUAAAUUGAUCUUUUGGGCUUUACGAUUCCAUGGCAGGAUGUUCUUUAGGGCUUUGUGGAUGGAUAUUGUUAGUGUAUGGCAGCCUGUAGAAGGCAUGAUAAUGGUUCGAUGGACUGUUCAUGGCAUUCCCCGUGUUCCAUGGGAGAGUCGUGGUCGAUUUGAUGGCACUUCAGAGUAUAAACUAGACAAAGAUGGGAAGAUUUAUGAGCACCGUGUUCACAACAUUGCGCUGAAUGGACCCCCAAAAUUCCAUGUACUCGCUGUGCAGGAAUUAAUUGGAUAUAUCGGCUGUCCCUCCACACCAAAGCCGACUUUCUUUGAGAUCUCGUUCCAUCCCCUGGAUAACAUUAUGCCAGUGGAGAAAUUUGCCGAGUUCAGACUUCACCUUGGUUCAAUUUUAGCCUCCGUUAAAAGAGAUGAGGAGGAAGAAUAAUUGCAAAAAAAGCAUUGUGACAAAGUGCUAAAAGUUUUGAUGAAUCUUGGCGCUGGUUUCCAGAAUUGCACCUGUGCUCUACAUAUUUACAACAACAACAACAACAACAUACCCAGUAUUAUCCCACACCGUAGGGUGCUCUACGUAUUUAUACAUAACUUUCAAGGUCAGCUCAAUGUAUCUGGAGUUCACUCUAGUCUCUCUGGGUUCUAAUUCUCAUCUGAACUCCUGCUACUGGCUUGAGUUUGAAAAUUUUACAGCUGUAAAUUUUUGUACAGUAUAUCUUACUACUGAGUUUGCAGUUAUUCCCUAGCUGAAUAUGUUCUCCACAACUUGUAAUGAAAUAAUUCCUUGCAUAGAAGUUGUGAUAUCCAACACAUAAAAUAGUUUUGGAGAAUUUACAGUUCUGCUAUUUGUUCUGAUCUAUUCUGACACUUCUUGUUUAGAACU